AGCGGUCAGCAAUGUCCCCCUCUGUUGCAUUAUUCCUCCGCAACGGCUACGGGGAGCGGGCUUCCAGGUUGCUAUGACAACGGGGGAGGCGGGCCCCUCCCGGCAGGAGAGAGGGAAGCCCGAGCCUCUCCGACGCUGCUGACCCACUCCUGCCUCCGGGGGGGGCGGAGCCUGCUCUGCAGCAGAGGGGCCCCCUCGGGCCUGGCGCGGCUCGUGCUGCCCCUGCUGUCCGGAGUGAGGCGGCGCAGCUCCGACGGGGCAGGCGCCGCUGCUCCCCUCUCCCUCUCGCUCUCGCUCUGCCUCCGCCGGUCGCUCCACAGCUCUGACUCACUCCGCUCCAGUCGUAGCCCGCGCACAGGCAGCAAGAUGUUGUCCACCACCUCCACCGCCACCUCCACCUCCACCUCCGCCGCCUCCACCCCCGUCACCUCCGGCGCCCCGUCCUCGGGGGCGGGCGAGGGACAAGGGAAGGCUCGAGCCAAGCCCACCUUGCACAAGAGGGGCAGUUUGCAGAGCGCCACCGUGCCUGACCUGCGUGGAGCGGCUCCUGUCACCGUAAAGCCCCAGCGAUCCCUCCCAGGGACUCCGGUUUCCGGCAAGCAGCCUCCAAUUGACCUCCGCACCUCCAUGGACGGGAAGUACAAGGAGAUCGCCGAGGAGCUGUUCACGCGGAGCCUGGCCGAGAGCGAGAUGCGCAGCGCUCCCUACGAGUUCCCCGAGGACAGCCCCAUCGAGCAGCUGGAGGAACGCCGCCACCGCCUAGAGAGGCAGAUCAGCCAGGACAUCAAGCUUGAGCCAGAGAUAUUGUUACGUGCCAAGCAGGACUUCAUGAAAAUUGACAGCGCCACAGACCUGGAGUUCAUGAGCGAGCGAGGCAUCGACGCAGUGGACGAUGGAUUCAGGGCGCGGGCGCUGCCCCUGGAGAGAGAGUACCAGAGAGUCUCCAUAUCAGGGGAGGAGAAGUGUGGGGUGCCGUUCAUCGACCUGGUGGACGCCGCCAAGUGCGUGGUGAAGGCCCUGUUCAUCCGGGAGAAGUACAUCAGCCUCUCCAUGCAGAACUUCUGCAAGACCACCGCCUGCUCCCUGCAGGAGCUGGGGGAGACCCCGCUGGACCUGCGGGUGUACGAGGAGAUCCCCGAGACCCCCGUGGACGCCGAUGCGCCCGUGCACCCUCCCGUCUCUGAGACCCACCCGUACGAGAACCAGGACCCCAAGAACAUGCCGGCGGACACCGAGUACAGCUGUGAGAUGGUGGACGGGGUCGUCCACGUCUUCAACAGGAAGAGUCCCACGGAGAAGGGUACUCUGCUGGACCUGCCCUACCCGGAUCUGAAGGAAUACAUCGCUGACAUGAACAUCAUGCUGGCCCUGAUCAUCAACGGACCUGUGAAGUCCUUCUGUUACCGGCGGUUACAGUACCUCAGCUCCAAAUUCCAGAUGCACAUCCUGCUGAACGAAAUGAAGGAGCUGGCUGCGCAGAAGAAAGUCCCUCACAGAGACUUCUACAACAUCCGCAAGGUGGACACGCACAUCCACGCCUCGUCCUGCAUGAACCAGAAGCACCUGCUGCGCUUCAUCAAGCGGGCCAUGAAGAAGUACCCCGGGGAGGUGGUGCACGUGGAGCGCGGCCACGGGCAGACCCUCAUGGACGUGUUCGAGAACAUGAACCUGACCGCCUUCGACCUCAGCGUGGACACCCUGGACAUGCACGCCGACCGAAACACGUUCCACCGCUUCGACAAGUUCAAUGCUAAAUACAACCCCAUCGGAGAGUCCAUCCUGAGGGAGAUCUUCAUCAAGACUGACAACCACAUCGAGGGGAAAUACUUUGCCCACAUCAUCAAGGAGGUGAUGGAGGACCUGGAGGAGAGUAAAUACCAGAACUCUGAGCUGCGGCUGUCCAUCUACGGCCGCUCCCGGGACGAGUGGGACAAGCUGGCCAAGUGGGCCGUCAAACACGCCGUGUACUCGGACAACGUGCGCUGGCUCAUCCAGGUGCCCCGCCUCUUUGAUGUGUACCGAACCAAAAAGCAGCUGGCCAACUUCCAGGAGAUGCUGGAGAACAUCUUCCUGCCUCUGUUUGAAGUCACAGUCAACCCUCGCAGCAACCCAGAGCUCCACCUCUUCCUGCAGCAUGUGGUGGGCUUCGACAGCGUGGAUGACGAGUCCAAGCCAGAGCACCACGUCUUCAACAUGGACAGCCCCCAGCCGGCCCACUGGACGGCCGAGACCAACCCCCCUUACUCCUACUACCUUUACUACACCUACGCCAACAUGACCGUGCUCAACCACCUGCGCAGGAGGCGGGGCUUCCACACGUUUGUCCUGCGACCUCACUGCGGGGAGGCGGGGCCUAUUCAUCACCUGGUGUCGGGCUUCAUGUUGUCGGAGAACAUCUCCCACGGCCUGCUGCUCAGAAAGGCCCCUGUGCUGCAGUACCUGUACUACCUGGCCCAGAUCGGCAUCGCCAUGUCCCCGCUCAGCAACAACAGCCUGUUCCUCAGCUACCACCGCAACCCGCUGCCCGAGUACCUGUCCCGGGGCCUCAUGAUCUCCCUGUCCACCGACGACCCCCUGCAGUUCCACUUCACCAAGGAGCCUCUCAUGGAGGAGUACAGCAUCGCGGCCCAGGUGUGGAAGCUGAGCUCCUGCGACAUGUGCGAGCUGGCCCGGAACAGCGUCCUGAUGAGCGGGUUCUCACACAAGGCCAAGAGCUACUGGCUGGGGCCCAAGUACUCCAAGGAGGGCCCGGAGAGCAACGACAUCCGGCGCACCAACGUGCCGGACAUCCGCGUGGCGUACCGCAGCGAGACGCUGUCCGAGGAGCUGCACCUCAUCACGCACGCCGUCCGCAACCAGGAGCUGGACGCCAUCCAGGAGGAGGGCGACCCGCUCUCCAUGAACCCGCUGCCCGCACAGAGCUAGAGAGCGUCGACCCACCCCCCCGACGCAAAGAGGCCGGAGAAUCUAAGCUAAUAUAUAUAAUCCCGUUCAACCCGUACUGAA